AUUAGGUCAGAACGAAAACGUUCGUGAGCAAAAUAUAAUUAUAGAUAAUGACCAUCACGGCCUUCUAUCACGACAUGUUAAAUAGCCACCACGUUGCACAAAAAACAGGUUAAUCAUUUCUGAACUAAUUAAACCUUAAUUUGGUAAACACAUUCGAAAGCUUUGGCUGCUGAAAUAUAAAUGUUUGCAGUGCAUUAGAGUAACAGCAUACAAGUAAUAAUUCUCUGACAGGUAUUUUUCAAGUAAGCGUUAUAAAGUUAAAGAAAUGUCAAAAUUUGUUCUUCUGGUGGUUUUCCUUGGCAUGCUAUGUAUUGCAGAAACAGCAGCUAGAGACUGUGAUAAUGGCAAUCCUCAGCAGAGAAAGAAUUGUGGGUGGGGUGGUAUUAGCAAGAGGGAGUGUGAACAUCAUCAAGAUUGUUGUUUUGAUGAAUCUGUACCAGGAGUAAUAUGGUGUUUUCAUAAUAAAGUUCGUUGUGACCGUGGGUACCCGCACCAAAGAGUCAACUGCGGUUGGGCAGGCAUCUCAAGAGCAAUGUGUGAAAGAAACUGGGAUUGCUGCUUUGAUGAUAGUGUUUCAGGAGUACCAUUUUGUUACAAGCAUGACCGGGCUAGGCAAGAAGAAUAGUCAUUAACCUGAAAUUGCUGUAAUAAAAUUAAUUGUAAAUAAUUUAACCAUGUUAUACUGUAGCUUUAUUAGAGUGAUAUUUAAGUUUAAUUUAAUUAAAGAAAUUAUGAAUAAAGUCUUCAUUAUCACGACC